CGAAUCUGAAUUAAUUCGUGAAAAUAGAUGGCCAACAUCGACAUAGAGGGAAUACUUAAGGAGCUCCCGAACGAUGGUCGUCUCCCAAAGACGAAGAUCGUGUGCACUCUGGGUCCCGCAUCUCGGUCGGUGCCCAUGCUGGAGAAGCUUCUCAGGGCCGGUAUGAACGUCGCCCGUUUCAAUUUCUCCCACGGCACCCACGACUACCAUCAGGAGACCCUCAACAAUCUCAGGAUUGCCAUGCACAACACUCAGAUUCUCUGUGCCGUCAUGCUCGAUACCAAGGGACCUGAGAUUCGAACUGGUUUUCUCAAGGAUUCGAAACCUAUUCAACUUAAAGAAGGUCAGGAAAUCACUGUCACAACUGAUUACAGCAUCAAGGGAGAUGAGGAGAUGAUCUCCAUGAGCUACAAAAAACUAGCUGAGGACUUAAAGCCUGGAAAUACCAUCUUGUGUGCGGAUGGUACCAUCACACUCAAUGUCUUGUCUUGUAAUGCAGAUGCUGGGACUGUGAGAUGCCGUUGUCAGAAUACUGCCAUACUGGGGGAGAGAAAAAAUGUCAAUCUUCCUGGUGUUGUAGUGGAUCUUCCAACUCUGACAGAGAAAGAUAAGGAAGACAUUUUGCAAUGGGGUGUUCCCAACAAAAUAGAUAUGAUUGCUCUUUCAUUUGUACGCAAGGGCUCAGAUCUUGUUAAUGUCCGUAAGGUUCUUGGGCCUCAUUCCAAGAAUAUACAAUUGAUGUCGAAGGUUGAGAACCAGGAGGGAGUAAUCAAUUUUGAUGAGAUCUUGCGUGAAACUGACUCAUUCAUGGUUGCCCGUGGCGAUCUUGGAAUGGAGAUUCCAGUUGAGAAAAUUUUCUUGGCACAGAAAAUGAUGAUAUACAAGUGCAAUCUUGUGGGCAAACCUGUUGUCACUGCUACUCAGAUGCUUGAAUCCAUGAUCAAGUCUCCCCGGCCAACCCGAGCUGAAGCCACUGAUGUGGCUAAUGCAGUCCUUGAUGGCACUGACUGUGUCAUGCUUAGUGGUGAGAGUGCUGCUGGGGCCUACCCAGAACUGGCUGUGAAGAUCAUGGCUCGAAUUUGUAUAGAGGCAGAAUCAUCCCUUGACCAUGGUGCUAUUUUUAAGGAAAUGAUCAAGUCAACCCCACUACCAAUGAGCCCGUUGGAGAGCCUUGCAUCGUCUGCUGUUCGGACUGCUAACAAGGCCAAAGCAAAACUCAUUGUUGUGAUGACACGUGGAGGAACCACGGCCAAGUUGGUUGCGAAGUACAGGCCAGCUGUUCCAAUCCUCUCAGUAGUUGUUCCAGUUUUGACCACAGAUUCAUUUGAUUGGACCUGCAGUGAUGAGACGCCAGCAAGGCAUAGCCUGAUAUACCGUGGUCUGAUUCCUCUGCUGGCUCAAGGAUCGGCUAAGGCCACUGAUGCAGAGUCCACAGAGGUGAUUUUGGAAGCUGCCCUGAAGUCUGCAACAGAGAAGGGGUUGUGCAAGCCUGGUGAUGCGGUGGUGGCACUUCAUCGAAUUGGAGCUGCCUCAGUUAUUAAGAUCUGCGUUGUGAAAUGAUAUGGCAUGCAAUGCUAGGCAUCUAGUGGACUUGUGUUUUCCUU